AUGGUUCCUUUAGCGGUCCCGUUUAAUAGCUUUGGAAACGCGUUGUUGCUUUUGUUUAAUUGUGCCUUAGCCACUGUGAUAGUGAUUAUUAAUGUGUCGGUUUUCACUUCCAUCAUAACAACCAAAUCCCUGAGAACCGAGAACAGGUUCAUUUACAUGAUGAGCACAUGCAUUAGUGACUUUGGUACGGGGGUUUCGUGGUACUAUCUUGGUAUUUUUGAUGUUGAUGAUACCGCAACUGGAAAAAACACGACGUAUUUCAUUUCUUCAAACUUCUUAGGGCUGUCUUACCUGGUCAUCCUAGCGGCUCAGGCAGACCGGUACCACGCUGUAGUGUCCCCUCUUCAAUACAGCAGGAGAAUGACGGCAAUGAAAACCGUGCUGGUUGUAUGUUGUCUGUGGGUUUAUGCCUACGCCAUCGUGGCUGCUGUAAACCUGGUUACUUCAGCAACCGCCGCAAAGAUCAGCUCUAUCGGCACGUUCGUGUGCAAUGUGAGCACCUUGGUGAUCAUGCUAGGGCUCAACAUUAAACUGUAUCUGAUUGCAAAGUACCAGCUCAACCGGGAGCCCCCUUCAGCAGAGCGGGAGCAGAGGAGGGCAUCUCUCCACCUCAUAAUAAUCGUGGCUGGGUGCUUUCUCUUGGUUUGGACGCCGGUUUUUAUGUACAUUAUAAUUUGCAAUUUCACGACAACACAUUGUUACGCAUUUGAAAACCGUGCCACAGACCCGCUGAGAAUUCUACCCCGAGUGAACUCUGCGCUCACCCCCUUUCUGUACGUGAGAGGCUGCACUCCUUUAAAGCGAGCGCUGCUUGGCAAGGUCUGGAAAUGUUGCGCCACCUCUUUUGUAAGGUGA